AUGGGGAGGCUGCUGCUGCUGGCUGGGCUGGUUCUUCUGGUGAAACACAGUGAUGGUACUGCCUACAAACUGGUGUGCUAUUUCACCAAUUGGGCACAUAGUCGGCCAGGCCCCGCCUCCAUCAUGCCCCAUGACCUGGACCCCUUUCUUUGUACACAUCUGAUAUUUGCCUUUGCCUCAAUGAGCAACAAUCAGAUUGUGGCCAAGAAUCUGCAGGAUGAGAACAUUCUCUAUCCAGAGUUCAACAAACUCAAGGAAAGAAACAGGGAGCUGAAAACACUGCUGUCCAUCGGAGGGUGGAACUUCGGCACAUCACGGUUCACCACUAUGCUGUCCACACUUGCCAACCGGGAAAAGUUUAUUGAUUCAGUCAUAUCCUUCCUGAGAAUACAUGGUUUUGAUGGUCUUGACCUUUUCUUCUUGUACCCUGGACUACAAGGCAGUCCCCCACACGACCGGUGGAAUUUUCUCUUCUUAAUUGAAGAGCUCCAGUUUGCCUUUGAGAGGGAGGCCCUGCUCACUCAGCACCCACGGCUGCUGCUGUCGGCUGCUGUCUCUGGCAUCCCAAGCAUCAUCCAUACGUCUUAUGAUGCGCUCCUUUUAGGAAGGCGUUUGGAUUUCAUUAAUGUUUUGUCUUAUGACUUACAUGGAAGUUGGGAAAAGUUCACAGGACACAAUAGUCCUCUGUUCUCCCUUCCCGAAGACUCCAAAUCUUCAGCAUAUGCUAUGAAUUACUGGAGAAAGCUUGGGACACCCACAGAUAAACUUAUUAUGGGUUUCCCCACCUAUGGACGUAACUUUCACCUCCUCAAAGAAUCUAAGAAUGGAUGGCAGGCUGCCUCAAUGGGACCAGCAUCUCCUGGGAAGUACACCAAGCAGGCUGGCUUCUUGGCUUACUAUGAGGUUUGUUCCUUUGUCCAGAGAGCAAAAAAGCACUGGAUUGAUUAUCAAUAUGUCCCGUAUGCUUUUAAGGGGAAGGAGUGGCUUGGCUAUGAUGACACUAUCAGUUUCAGUUACAAGGCAAUGUAUGUGAAGAGAGAGCAUUUUGGGGGGGCCAUGGUGUGGACACUGGAUAUGGACGAUGUCAGGGGCACUUUCUGUGGCAACGGCCCUUUCCCUCUUGUUCAUAUAUUGAAUGAGCUCUUGGUGCAGGCAGAAUCCAACUCAACCCCCUUGCCACAAUUUUGGUUUACAUCUUCUGUGAAUGCCUCAGGACCUGGCUCUGAGAAUCCGGCCUUGACAGAGGUAUUGACCACUGAUACCAUAAAGAUUUUGCCCCCGGGAGGAGAGGCUAUGACCACCGAGGUCCACAGAAGGUAUGAAAAUAUGACUACAAUUCCUAGUGAUGGAUUUGUAACUCCUGGAGGAACAGCAUCUCCUCGAAAGCAUGCUGUAAUUCCAGAAAAUAACACUAUGGCUGCUGAGGCAAAAACUAUAAGCGCACUGGACUUCUUUUCUAAGACCACUACUGGGAUCUCUAGGACCACCACUGGGAUCUCUAAGACCACCACUGGGAUCUCUAAGACCACCACUGGGGUUUCUAAGACCACCACUGGGAUCUCUAAGACCAUCACUGGCAUUUCUAAGACCACCACUGGGGUUUCUAAGACCACCACUGGGAUCUCUAAGACCACCACUGGGAUCUCUAAGAUCACCACUGGGAUUUCUAAGACCACAACUGGGGUUUCUAAGACCACCACUGGCAUUUCUAAGACCACCACUGGCAUUUCUAAGACCACCACUGGCAUUUCUCAGACCACCACUGGCAUUUCUAAGACCACCACUAGCAUUUCUAAGACCACCACUGGAAUUUCUAAGACCACCACUGGAAUUUCUAAGACUACCCCUGGGAUUUCUAAGACUACCCCUGGGAUUUCUAAGACCACCCCUGGGAUGACAGUAAUAGUCCAGACACAGACAAAUGAGGCAGAGACCACAGCCACAAUGGAUCAUCAGUCUGUAACCCCUACGGGGAUGGAUACGACUCUUGUCUAUCUAAAGACUAUGACUCCCAGUGAGAAGGAAACUUCCAGGAAGAAGUCUAUGGUACUUGAAAAGGCCACUGUUUCCCCUAGAGAGAUGUCAGCUACCCCUAAUAGACAGAGUACAACUCUAAAAUGGGCAAGUUUGAUUACUGAGGUAGAAACAUACUCCCAAGAUGGGUGA